ACAACUAAAAUGGGAUCAGUACUUCUAACAGGAACUAUACUAGUAAGAUACAAUAUAUAUGAUAGUGUAUGGUACUAUCUUUACAGGUUAUACUGAGUACAUGUUAUACAAAUGGACUAGAACUAACUGACUUGUACCCAUAUGGUACAGAACAUGGAGACACCAUGAGGACUGGAUAUAAUAGUCUCCCUACAGUGCCAUUACUGGCUCCAAUUGAUAAUUUACUUGCGUUUGGUCCAGCUGGACUUACAGCAACAAGAUAUUCAAUUAACUAUGAUGGGUACCUGCGAUUGCAUAAUGAUGGUAGUGAUAGCAUCUUAUUAAAUUUGUUCUACCUUGGUGAUGGUGAUUUUGACAAUACUAAGAUAUACGGUAGGACUACUGCUGAUCCAGGAUUAAUGAACAGAGCCAUGGAUCAGAUUAAUGAAGCAUUUCCUUAUACUUUCUGUAGUACAUCUCCUCCUACACAAUUAAUAGUAGGAACAUGGAUAGAUUAUCUAAAGUUUGGCUCAAACCCAGGCAGUAACUUCCAGGCUAUAGUUGUAACUAAUGGAAGCAUUACAUUUGGUAUUGCACUUUAUGUUGAUGUGAGCAUUGCAUCAGCUGAAACUACUGGAAUAGAGUCAUAUAUUAAUAGUGUCACUACAGUAGUUGAUUAUUCUUUAUUUCCAUUUGGUACUACUGUUAUGGGUGCUCCUAGCAUGAUGCUUAACAGCAACAUACCAGGGACAUAUAUAUUUUCACUGAAUGAUAUACCACCACCAGACCCUUGCAGUUCUGUCUGCUAUUCUUGUAAGCCCAGACUUUUUCAGUUGGCAUGUGAGAUCAGGAGGAGCAAUGGUGAAAAUGUACCAGCUUCUUGUAAUAACUAAUGACAUUCUAUUUUAUUGUGUUUUUGUUUUAGUUUUUUGUGAUUUUAUUAUUUUCAGUAGUGAAUUAGUCAAUUUUAAUAGUAGAAACUAGAGAUAUAGUUGUUUUGUCAUGGAUUAUUUUAGUAACAAUUUUUUGUAA